UCCCCUUUCUUGCUUACUGUGACUCUGCUCUUCCUAUUUAAUCCUCUCCUUUUCGGGAGAGACUGUUGAACUUGGAAAGAAGACUCCAUGUUUCCAUAGUCAUGGCAUUCUUUUCUUCUCUAACCCCAGUCUUUAUAGCCAUUAUAUGUAUUUUGAUUGGGGUAAUACUGAAGAAGAAUAAUGGAAAGAAGGAAAAACGUGGGACUAAAAACAAGCCUCUAUCUCGCCCAUGGGUGGAUGAAGAUAUGAAAUAUUUCACUGACCACCACUUAGAGGAAGAAGAUGCUGAUGAAGAGGGGCAAGGACUUGAGGAAGAUGUUGCCCAUAUCCCCUUCAUUGCGGAGCGCUACUCUGAGACUGAAAUGAUUAAAAGGUCACAGAUGUUUUAUGAGCUUCUUAAUAAGAGGAGGUCUGUCAGAUUUCUCAGUGAUGAGCCAGUGCCCAGGGAGGUUAUUGAUAAUGUCAUCAGAACAGCAGGUACUUCACCUAGUGGAGCACACACUGAGCCCUGGACCUUUGUGGUAGUUCAAGAUCCACAUUUAAAACAUAAGAUUCGUGAGAUCAUAGAAGAAGAAGAAGAAAUCAACUACAAAAAGAGGAUGGGAGACAGAUGGGUUAAUGACCUGAAAAAGCUGAGAACUAACUGGAUCAAGGAGUACUUGGACACUGCUCCCUAUCUGAUCCUGAUUUUCAAGCAAGUAUAUGGACGACUUCCAAAUGGCAAAAAGAAGACCCACUACUACAAUGAAAUCAGUGUUUCUAUUGCCUGUGGUAUCCUUCUUGCUGCGCUGCAGAACGUGGGUCUGUACACUGUGACCUCCACACCCCUCAACUGUGGCCCCCAACUGCGGGUCCUGCUCCAGCGCCCAGCAAAUGAGAAGCUACUCUUGCUGCUCCCCGUUGGCUAUCCCAAGAAGGAUGCUACCGUGCCCUCACUAACCAGAAAACCACUGGAAGACAUCAUGGUUGUCAUGUGAGUCCAGCACCACAAAGAAAGAGCACAUCCCUGCUGCCAGCUAGUGAGCAGCAGCCACUGAACUUGUUACUGCUGUUUUCCAUGCAUUGUACUCCUACAUCACUGCUGUUAUAGCUGUUUACACUUGUAUGUCUUUUAGUGCUAAUCUAAUCACAGUGGCUGCUGUUUCUAAUAGCAGUGAUCAGUCAAGCACUGCAUUUGACAGGUACUAUUACCAAUGUGGUAAUAAUUCAGGCAUUUGUUCCAGUGGACAUGUACAAUGGCAUUUAAAUAACCUUAAUCACUUUUUUUUUUUUUUCUUAUAGUGUAGGGACAGAUCUUUACUGGAACUGGAUUGUAUAUUUUUCUUUAUACUUUAGUGAUCACCAUUUUUCUCAUUUCAGAAUUUUAAAGCAGGUUGCAUUAAAAGGUAUAAGGAGGUCAAACUCA